UGGCCCAGCGAUUAUUGACUUACGCAGGGAACCAAGUCCCCAAUUCAUGACUGGGUUUUGAGGAGUGGGCUUUUGGUCGGGUGUCAAAAGGGGUGUUUUGCUGAAUUCUUCACUGGAUUUUGCUACGAAGGGAAAAUGUUAUAACGUGCGCUUUAUAUAAAAGCAGAAGUCGCACUAAAGUUUAGUGACUAAAAGAUUAAAAAGUUGAGAGAGAUAAGUAUAAACUUUAACAGAAUUCUUACGGUGAAGUCAGACCCUAUGCCGAGUUGGACGUUUUCCCAAAUAAAUAUACAUAGGAUUGCUGUGUUUUGCUGGGAGUCAGCCUUUUGAGAAUCUCAAAGUUCGCUACUCGGCACAAGCAAGCCACAAAAUGCUUUGAGAGCAAAUGUAAGAGUCCAUAUUCCAUUGGUGAAGAGCUAUUUAGGUAAUUAAGGCUGUAAUCCAAUACACACUUACCUGGGAGCAAGUCCCAUUGAACUCAAUGUAGCUUAUUUCUGAGUAGACUUGCAUUGGGUUGCAGCCUAAGAGGUGAACAUCUGAGCCUGAAGAAAAAUUUCUGUACAACUCCAACACUUGCUUCUGGUAUUUUAAAAACCAGUUCCAGUAGAAGGUAGCGUUUCCCUGUGUUCUCUUUUCUCUGGGACCAAUGUGGUUACUAAAAGCAGUGGGCUAGUGUUUCUUGGCAUUAUGUGCUGUUACGGGGAUGCCCCAGUUUCUAUGUCAAGUUGGUGGGCCAGGCUAUUAGCGUCUCUGCUCUGUGUUUGGGAUGGAGAAGAUGAUAUCACCAAAAGUCUUUGUGCCAAAAGAGUGUCCCAGUUUCAGAAGCCUUCUCCACCUCAAGGGCGGAUUGGCCCUCGCUGACUCCCCCCCCCGGUCUGGGCGAAGGACGGAGCCAGAAGUUGAGCAGAAAGGGCAGCACGAACGAGAGGGAGGGCUGAACCGGAGCCCCCGGAGGAGCUUCAGGGAGAACUCCUUUCCUAUCCGCUCCCAACAUUGCUGUCUAGGAGCGUCCCGAGCAUGGAAGCCGUGGCCAAAUACGAUUUCAAAGCCACCGCAGACGAUGAGCUCAGCUUCAAAAGGGGGGAUAUCCUUAAGGUUUUGAAUGAAGAAUGUGAUCAAAAUUGGUACAAGGCAGAACUCAAUGGCAAAGAUGGCUUCAUUCCCAAAAAUUAUAUUGAAAUGAAACCACAUCCGUGGUUUUUUGGGAAGAUCCCCCGAGCAAAGGCUGAGGAGAUGUUGGGCAAACAGAGACAUGACGGUGCCUUCCUCAUAAGGGAGAGUGAGAGUGCUCCUGGGGACUUUUCCCUCUCGGUCAAAUUUGGAAAUGACGUGCAGCACUUCAAGGUGCUUCGAGAUGGGGCUGGCAAGUAUUUCCUCUGGGUGGUAAAGUUCAAUUCUCUGAAUGAGUUGGUAGACUAUCACAGAUCGACUUCUGUCUCCAGGAAUCAGCAGAUAUUCCUUCGGGACAUUGAGCAGGUGCCUCAGCAACCCACAUAUGUUCAGGCUCUCUUUGAUUUCGACCCUCAGGAGGAAGGUGAGCUGGGCUUUCGACGUGGAGACUUUAUCCAGGUCCUUGACAAUUCUGAUCCUAACUGGUGGAAGGGAGCCUGCCAUGGACAGACAGGCAUGUUUCCACGCAACUACGUGACCCCAGUGAACCGGAACAUCUAGAGCAAAUUAUGAAAGAUUAUUUAAGGAAACAGGAGAAACAGUACACAUUCAGAAUCUAAAUGCAGCCAGUGAACUCCAGUCAUCAGGCCAUAAAAUCUGAGUCACCUCUCUGCGUGAGGGGGAACACUUUUUUUUCCACUCAGUAUGGAACUUUGUGGGGAGGGGACACGCUAAGGGUCCAACUUGUGCGCCAAAACUUACCUUUUUAAAUUAAAUAGUUAUUAACACAUUUCUUUGAUUACUUCUAGGUGGCCCCUUUUGUUUACUCAUUCUUUCUCCCCCAGUGCCGAUACACCAGUUCAUCAGUGCAUGAAGUUUUAAUGUUAUAUGAAGUCCAUGCCAUGCCAUUCAAGGAAGAGGGAGACGCUCUGCUGGUGUUUGCUAUUUAUGCAGACAGCCUUCAUGAAGGGACUGAGAAAUGAACCAAAUCCACAACCCAGUUUAAAAGCAAAACACACAUACAAAUGCCAAUUUUAUUUUUGCCUUCAGUAUUUUGCCUGGGAAAGAUAGGGUCUUAAUUCUUCCUACAUGCCCUUCCAUCUGAAAAACCAACUGCUCCAGAGCAGAGGGAAGAUGAUGAGGGGCUUCACCCCCACAGAUUGCAGGCUGUUUGGGAAAUUACAGCCAGAUCAUGUUCCCAUUAAUCAUGACAGCUUUUUAUUUGUUUUAAGUGUGUGGUUGAGCACAUUCUUCUAUUUUUCCAUUAGUGCCUUUUCCUCACUUCCUUAUUUUCUUAAGUUAAAAAGGACAGUCCAGAGCUUUCAGAUUUUUUCUGCUUUUAUGUAAAUAUUUUAGGGAUUGAAUGGGAGGGAUGUAGCUUUACUAUUAAAUACAAAGACCUCCAUAUGACAGAUGGAGCUUUAAAAUGUGUAUAAGCAUCUGAUAUUCUUUAUUACUAGGUGGGGAAAGAUAUAAAAUGUUCUAUAAGAGGUAGGGCUAGGACCUGCAGUCAGGGGCCUUUGAGAAAAAAAAAGACUGCACCAGUAUGACAAACGUGGCAUAUUGGAUAAAGCUGCCAUAUGGUGGAGAAUGAAUAUUCUUGGAUGCCCUGUGAAAUUUUCAUUUCCCCCAAAAUACUACAGGGAGGCUUACUUUACCUAGGGAAUGUUUAAAGAAGAUGCUUUGUGAUAAGCAGCCCAGUUCCCCUUUGUAGCUGGCUGGGUCACAAUUGCAGUCAGUAACUUCUUGUCAGAAAGCAGGAACUGGUGUCUUCAGCAAUUCCCUAUUUUCCCGUGCCAGUGUUACCAUAGUUCCUUACUCCCAGCUUACAGCAGGCUGUGGAGGUCAUUCCCUUGAUAAAAUUCAUUAAUGCCAUUCCUAGUACAGGAAGAACAACCUGUAGAGCUCAGUGUGCCAAUACACACCAUAUUUUAUUUUACUGAGCUGCAUAACAACAGAUCCCAAAGCUAUCACAGCUAUCUUUUACGCCCAAAUGGAGAAAUUCCUGUGUUGGUGGGUGCCUUUUUAUACUAAGUAUUACAAGUGUGUUAUUGCUGAGGUGGACUCUGCCUUACACUUCCAUUUCUCCCAGCAGAUGAAAGAAAAAGCUACCCUGUAGCCUAUUAAUUUCUCACCCAUUCCUUGCUAGCUAUCUUUUUUCUCCCCCUUCCCAUACUUUCUUCUCUCUAAAAUGAUUGGAAAAGGAAUUUAUGACAUUCUACACUUGGACCAUUUGAUUGUUUUCUUAUUUUGGAAUUGGUGUAUAUCAUGCAGCCUUGCAGACAUAAUGUCUUGUGUGUAUAUAUAUUAAAAAAUCAGUGUUUAAAUAAAAAGGCCUAUGUACGUAAUCCUUUAACUCAGCAGCAGCAUUUGGUAGAUAGUAAUUAACUGUGAAUAAUAAAUAUACAAUUACUUCUUCACUUGAA